AUGGUUAAAGAAUUUUCUAAUGAAUCAGCAGAAGUAAAUUUCAAUGCUUGCUUCGCUGCUGUAGGUUUAGUUGGCAGAAUAAAUAGACAAUUAUUACAAAUGACUUUUAUGUGUGCAGGUGUUAUAUCGCAACUCUAUAAAGCUUCUUACCAUAAUUACCAAGCUAUGACUUUUGAAAAGAUUGUGGA